AUGGCCAUUGGUAUUAGUGUACACGAGCGAGAUCCCUUCAAAUUCAUAAGUUAUCCCGAUUCUCCAACAAUGCCAUCUACAAAUUUACCUGAUAACAUUGAUGAUCUCGAUGGCAACGACAGCAACGGCAAUAACAACGAUAGCAACAACAAUGGCAGCGACGAUAGCGACAACAACGGCAAUAACAACGAUAGCGACAACAACGGCAAUAACAACGAUAGCGACAACAACGGCAAUAACAACGAUAGCAACAACAACGGCAAUAACAACGAUAGCAACAACAACGGCAGCGACGAUAGCAGUGAUGAUAGCAACAGCAGCAUCUAUGAAAAUAAUAAUAGCAACAACAGUAACAAGGACAGGUCUAAAAAACGGAAGCUUAAUGACACGGUUAUACCAUUCUGCAAGGAUCGCCUGCUGAGCCUCAUGAAAGAAAUUGCCACCGAUGAAAACCCUUUGAACAACAAUUGUUAUUUCAAACAAUUCCUAACUGCAGAAGAUCAAUACCAACUAAUGUCCAGAGUGUUCCCGCGUCUUAAAAAUCAUUGUAGCGUAAAUCAACUUCAAUAUUGGAUUGGGCAGGCAAAGAUCUGGGGAAAAUCAGAACGUUCACGAAAAAAUCAGCGAAAAUCUGGACGAUACUUAUGGGUGGUUGAUGAACAGCUAUGGGCGUUUGUGACGGACACUUCCGACUCGGUCAAGGCAUACUGGAAAUAUUUAAAACAUGAUACCAAAUACAUAACAAUUGGAUACGCACGUAAAUCGCCAACUGAUGAAACAAAAGAAUCACGAAUGCGUUUAUUACAGUUAAUGGUGAACAAACUUUACUCCCGCGGAAAGUGUGAAGAAGUAUUCGUGAGCCCAAUUUGCAAAGCAGAUCAACCAAUAUUAGAAAGAGACUCGCCAAAGCAGGAUGAUUUACUGCUGCAUUUAAAAGGAUCCCAUGGCGAUAUCUCUGAUUUAGUUGCACGCGUCCAUUUCAGCCAAAAACCUUUCCGACUUGUCAUCAUUGACUAUGCCGGGCUUUCAACGUCUCCAGAUGAUAUUAGGACUUUUUUAAAACAAUGCAGCAAUAUCAAGGAAAUUGUUGUAGACCAUGGCUCUUCGUUUGAGAUCUUAUCACGUUUUGAUCUUUUGAAAAAUAAUAAUCUGGAAAAAUUUAAAUGUCGACGUGCGAACGUUCAACGAUCAAGGUAA